AUGGGGGGAUUCGGCGCCCUGCUGCACGGGGGGGAGCUGGCCGACGCCGUGCUGGCCUUCGGGCCGCAGAGCCGGCUGGACCAGGCCAUCCUCCGCCCGGCGGCGGCGACCCCUGGCCGCCUGGACGAGCUGACGUGCGCGGUGCAGGACGCCGUGCGCCUGGGGCGGCGGCGGGGGGCCCGGCUGGAGGUGCACUGCGCGGCGGAUGAGCAUUUCUGGCACGGCCUCAACCUGCCCCUGGAGGACGGCGCGCUGACGGUGCACCCGAUCUGCCCGCGCAAGCCCUUCGGGCGGCUGCUCGACUCGGGCGGCGUCCUCGCGCCCAUCGUGGCAGACGAGCUGCUCCUCGCGCUGUGGGGCGCCGGCGGCCUGGCGGCGCGGCUGCGCACGCCGCGCGCGGAGGUGCUGGGCUUCUUCUUCGGCGGCGAGGCGGCGGAGGUGCCCCGCCCCGGCGACUGGUUCUGCCCGAGGUGCUCGCGCCGGAACAUGGGCACCCGCUUCUUCUCGGCGGCGGCAACCGGGGCCCGCUGCCGACGCGUCGGUGGCGGCGCCCGGGGUCCCGAGGGUGCCGGGGGGGCGGAGCUACCCGCAGGGCGGCGACUGGGGCUGCGGGGGCUGCGGAUCCGCCCUGUUCGGGUACCAGCACACGUGCCCGAAGUGCAAGGUGGGGAAGGACUUCGCGCGUGGCUCCAAGCGUUCAAGCCUACGACGUGGCGUUCUGUUGCUCCUCCCUGAGAUGGGCCCCGUCUCCACCACCGCUACCGCCGGAAGGAUGGCCACCGGUGCUCCGUGGUCGUCGGCAGGCGGGAGUACCGGUAGGGCAGUUUGCGGUGCGCCCCCCACGGCCACCCGCUGCGGGCACGGCGGCGGCUCGCGCCUAGCCGCGGCCCGCGCGGCAGUAGUCUAUAUUCCGCAUCAGGCGUGCGCCUCCAGAA